ACUUCAGUGUCUAUCAAUUGAAUUGACCAAGAAAUGUAGAAAAUAGAAUUAAUUCUGGCCUUUUUAUGGAAUUGGCUACAACCACAACUACUAACAUAAAUUAGCGCCACAUUGACAAUAAUUACUUGAUAUUGUGUGGCAGUGAGUUCAUCCUCAACUACCACGGUAAAGUUUAUAUAGACUUUUGCUGGAAACUUUAGAUGUCACGCAUUCACAUUACCUUAAUUUUUUCGAAAUUGUGGACGUAUUCUAACAUUUGAGUCGUUGAACAGCUUCCCUCUUAAAUGAAUUAUGGUACACAAAUAAGAUGACCAUACACUAGUAGUAAAUCUUUAUGUGGCUAAACACAUGGAACCUAUCUAUAACCUUGGCGUGCUUUAUACAUACACGACCUCAAACAUGUGGCUUGAAUCUCAAUUAAUCAUAAGUCGGCUCGGCUCGGGUAAAGUUAGACUAUCAGAAACAUUUACCCACUCUACAUGUAUAAGAAGCCUGCUUUUAUUUCUUUCUUUCUUUCUUUCUUUCUAUCAUUCUAAAAUUUGAUAAACUAUUCAUAUCCCUUAAUCAAAAACAAAUCCUUAAAUAUGAUGUCUUUUCUAGAUAGGAAUUGGUUGGCUAUAAAUUACAACUAGAAUUUUUCGAAAGUUCGGCAGAGAUUUAACGGUUGGAGAUGGAAUUCUAAUUAUAAUAUUUUCCUAUUUCCUUAUCUGAUUUGCUAAAUUAGGUUUGUUAUUUCAGGCAGUAUCAACUUUCUUCUUCGUAGUGAGUUGUUACUAUAUAAUAAUAGGGGAUUUCUUCUGUCUUUGAAUUAGGUUGCAAAAAGUCAAAAUUUUUGCAUUUAGUACAGGAAUUGCAUAUCGCCACAGUGUGUUUCAACCACAGUAUUGAAUUUGCAAUUCAUCUCUGCCGAGCCGACAUCUCCUGGUGUGAAUUAUAUAAAUUUAAAUGACACUAGCAUGGCAUCUUUGUAAAAAGACUUGGUUCUUUCUUUGAAGUAAAAAAAUGAGCGAAGUCGAAACAUCUACAAAUUAUUCCAUUUCUGCAAAUGAACCACUUAAGAAUGGUCAAAUACAUGUCCUGUCUGAAAGCAUCGAAGAAGAUAGUGAUGUUGACACCAAUGUUGUAGUAAUAACGCAAAAGGCUUUAUUAAUAACGGCAUUUAAUGAGCCUCUAUCUCUUGGCUCCAUUCCAGUUCCUACAAUAGGCGAUUAUGACAUCCUUGUGCUAAAUAAAGCAGUAGGUCUCAACCCCAUAGACUGGAAGGCUAAAAAAUACAAAUUCGGUGUGUAUGGAUUUCCUUGGAUAAAUGGGAGAGAAAGUAGUGGUGUGGUGGUGAAAGUUGGUCUGAAAGUAACACAUUUGGUAGAGAAUGACAAUGUAGUCGUUAGCAGCACUAGUUAUCGGGACAAUCGAACAAGUACUUUUCAAGAAUAUACUGCCAUAGACUCGCGACUUGUUUGGAAAUUGCCAUCAUUUCUUUCUCAUGAAGAUGGUGCAACGAUUGGUGUCGGUCUUGUUACAGCAGGUGUGAUUUUUUACAAAAGUUUUGGGUUUGAAUUGAUAGCAAAUUCAAUUAAAAAGGGUCAAAAAACAAUUGUUAUCUGGGGAGGUUCCACGGUUGUCGGGAUUUAUGUCACUCAACUCGCAAGAAUUCUUGGAUUAAAGGUAAUCUCGAUUGCUGGUUUAGCGCACGAGAGUUAUUUGAAAGAGCUUGGGGCACAUGAAGUUAUUGAUAGACAUUUGACCAGUGAAGAAAUUAAAACAAAAAUACAUGGUAGGGUAGACUAUGGAGUUGAUUGUGUAUCCCGAGAGACUUCCCAAAUCCUUCUAGAUAUCCUUGCGGACAAAUCGGCUCUAUCGCCACAUACACAUCGACCCUUAUUUUCUGGUAUCGUAGGAAUCCCCAAAGAAAUUCCUCCUGAGGUUGAGCUCCGUGAAGUUAUAAUAAAACAGUUCCAUGAAGAUGUUCAAUUUGGGAAGAAGUUUGUUGAUGUUACAGCCGAAUUUUUAGAAGCAAAAUUGAUAAAGCCAGUGAGAUACAAAGGAUACCAAGGUGGGCUUCAUUUAAUUGAUAAUGGGUUGGCUGAUUUGGAAAAUUUAGGGGCUAGAGGUGAAAAAUAUGUAGUUUCAUUCCAUUAGACUUUUAAUAGUGUUUCAAUUAUUUAUUAUGUUAAGAUUUCAAAUGUCAAAUCCUAAAAAUUUAACGAAA